AUGCAAGUGAAACAACUGGAUCAUGUUGUUUUAGCAGAAGCUGAUAUCGAUCGGACGAGGGAGUUUUAUCAGCGUGCAGUCGGUAUGAAAUCAGUCGCUAAUAACGGACGUUGGUCACUUCAUUUCGGAACUCAGAAGCUGAAUCUUCGUGCGUAUUAUGGUUAUGAAUUCGAACUGAAAGCUACACAUCCGACACUGGGAUCCGCUGCCCUUUGUCAAAGGUUGAUCAAUCAUUUUCAACGAUCAAGCAUAGAAACCAUCGAAGGACUUAUCCAACGCACUGGAGCUCAGGGGCCCAUUCUGUCUAUUUGUUUCUUUGAUCCAGAUCUCAAUUUGAUUAAUGUAGCCAAUCAAUUAUCUGAGAACGAUUUCAAAUAA